AUGUUUAGGCAUGAUGAUCUUGAUUUUUCGGAUAUAAUAUUUCCUAAAAUAUUGCCAUUUUUUUUUCGAACUAUUUAUAUCAAAUCGAACGAAUUUGGAUUUUCGAAUAUUGUUUCGCAAAUCGCAAACAAAUAUAGCGAAUUUGUUUCUAUUGGAUCCUAUCCAGUUACCAAUAAUAGAUAUUAUAAAGCAAAACUAAUUGUUGAAAGCGAAUCUGCGAAAAUAGGCGAAGAAGCAAUGAAAGAUUUAAAAAAUGCUUUAAAAGAUCAUAUAGUUUAUUAUGAUGAUAAAGCUUGGGAAAAUGUUGUUGAAAAAUAUAAAUCAUAUCGCGAACGCGAAUUAUUUGAAUCUUCAGAUGAUUUUAUAAAACGAUUAGACGAUGCAAUGAAUACAAUUGGAAAUAUUAUUGAUACUUAUCCUUUGGAAAAUAUUGCACUUUCAUUUAAUGGUGGUAAAGAUUGCACUUUAUUAUUGCAUAUGUUAAGGGUUAAGGUCGAUGAAAAAUAUGGAUCAGAUCGUUCCAUUCAAGGUUUUCAUGUCGUAUGUGGUGAUUUAUUUCCGGACGUUAAUCAAUUUAUAAUCGAUUCCGCAAAAAAUUACAAUAUUGUUGUACUGGAAUUGCCUGGGCCAAUAAAAGCCGGUCUUGAACAGUUAAAGGCUGUAAGACCAAAAAUUUCUGUUAUACUAAUGGGAAGUCGUUCAACUGAUCCUGGCAAUAUGAAUUCGAAAUGUGAGUGGACUGAUCCAGGCUGGCCAAAAUAUUUUAGAGUUUGCCCGAUAUUAGAUUGGAAUUAUGCGGAUGUGUGGCGAAUGUUGCGAGGUUUAUGUAUUCCUUAUUGUUCGCUUUAUGAUGAAGGUUAUACAUCACUUGGUGAGAGGGAUACGACUUUCAAGAACGAUGCUCUAAAAGUGGUUGAUUGUGAAGGUCAAAUUGUCGGCUAUCGUCCAGCUUACAUGCUAACAAAUUUUAGUCUUGAACGCUCUGGUCGAAAUGAACGUCGAUUUUAA